CAAAUGCUACCGCUGGCCCCACCUGUCAUUUACAGUAAUACGGUAGACGCAUCGUCGUGAAGGUGUCUUCCUGCCUUUUUUUUUCCCCACGCUUCCAGGUCGCGCCGCCGUUAAACCCUAGUUCCUUCCCCGGCGAGGCUGCGGCGGCGGCGGGAGGGUGCAGGAACUCCGGAGAGAUGCCACCGGCCUCGAUACUUGCGUCGUCCGUGGAGAAGCUGCAGGCGGCGGCGGAGGACGCGGCGAACUCCUCGUCGCGCUCGGCGGCCGCCUUCUCCGAGCAGGCGGACCUGGUCCUCAUGCCCAGGGCCGCAGGUCGGGUAGUGUCGCUAUCGACUUGCACGAAGAUCAGCGCUGUGAGCUUUGCGGUUGGUGUGGUGGUGGGGUUCACGCUGAAGAAGCGGCUACGCCGGUGGGCUGCUAGGCUGCUGAAAAGAAUUAAGGAUGAUGACUAGCUGGUUCUUUUCCAAUCAUUAUCUUGUUUGAGAAGUAUGUUUCAAUUCCCAGAAUAGCGCUCCUGAGAGUUGAACUUCUUUUGGCAAAUAUGAUGAACUGCAAGCAGGCAAAGCUGCAUGGCUAACCGAUAAUUAGCCGCUGCUAACCGAUAGAAUCACAGACAGAAAAUAAAGUUUGCCAAGGCAAAGAGCGCGUGCAACA